CUCUAGUCCACUUCCCUCAUUAUCUAGAUGAGACAGGAAUCAAAUUGCCCCAACUUACAUAGGCAUCAGCAGCUUGUUUAGCUCACUGAAGGUCGUUCGGCUGCUUCGUCUGGGGCGAGUGGCCCGUAAGCUGGACCACUACAUUGAGUAUGGAGCUGCCGUGCUGGUCUUGCUGGUGUGUGUGUUUGGGCUAGCUGCUCAUUGGAUGGCCUGCAUUUGGUACAGCAUCGGGGACUACGAGAUCUUUGAUGAAGACACCAAGACCAUUCGCAACAACAGCUGGCUCUACCAACUGGCGAUGGACAUUGGCACCCCUUACCAGUUUAAUGGGUCUGGCUCAGGGAAGUGGGAAGGUGGUCCCAGCAAGAAUUCUGUCUAUAUCUCCUCAUUGUAUUUCACUAUGACCAGCCUUACCAGCGUGGGCUUUGGCAACAUUGCCCCAUCCACAGACAUCGAGAAGAUCUUUGCAGUGGCCAUCAUGAUGAUUGGCUCUCUUCUGUAUGCCACCAUCUUCGGGAACAUGAUGACCAUUUUCCAACAGAUGUACGCCAACACCAACCGGUACCAUGAGAUGCUCAAUAGCGUUCGGGACUUCCUGAAGCUCUACCAGGUGCCAAAGGGCUUGAGUGAGCGAUUCAUGGAUUAUAUUGUUUCUACCUGGUCCAUGUCCAGAGGCAUCGACACCGAGAAGGUUCUGCAGAUCUGCCCCAAGGACAUGAGAGCUGACAUCUGUGUGCACCUGAACCGCAAGGUGUUCAAGGAACACCCAGCUUUCCGGCUGCCCAGUGACGGCUGCUUGCGGGCACUGGCCAUGGAGUUCCAGACAGUGCACUGCGCCCCGGGGGACCUUAUCUACCACACAGGAGAGAGUGUUGACAGCCUCUGCUUUGUGGUCUCCGGCUCCCUGGAGGUGAUCCAGGAUGACGAGGUGGUGGCUAUCCUAGUUGUUGCCCUCAAGCUGUCCCGACUAGAAAAAGCAUCUUCGCUGUGUCCCUGGAGCCAGAUUAGCUCCAAAAUGUAG